CAGCGUCUGCAGUUAAAUCUUGAAAUGGGUAGUUUCUCUUGCAUUUAUUUAUUAUGAUUGUGCUACCUCACCUGUUGCUGCCUCAGCACUGGCCUUCAUACCUGCCACCUUGCACUGGUCUUAGCCUUUACAGAUUGUGUUUAUAGAGAGUGGGAGUGAGCAGUUUGUUGUCACAUUGUGCAGGGUCUGAGUUUAGAAGGGCUGGUGUUCAAAUCUUGCUCGUUGCCAAAUGGCAGGAAAGGUCCACAGACUGAGUGCUGAACAACGAGAGCAACUUCUUCCCAACCUUCAAGCGGUGGGUUGGUCUGACGUCGAAGGAAGAGAUGCCAUUUAUAAAGAGUUUGUCUUUAAAAACUUUAACCAGGCCUUUGGUUUCAUGACCAAAGUGGCACUACAAGCAGAAAAAAUGGAUCACCACCCAGAGUGGUUCAACGUUUAUAACAAGGUCCACAUAACACUGAGCACACAUGACUGUGGGGGUCUGUCUGAGCGAGAUAUUAAGAUGGCUACCUUUAUUGAAGAAGCUAAGAUUUCACACUGAAAUCUAGGGGUGUGUCUGUGGUUGCCGGUACCAAAUGAACUUGAGUCUUCAGUGAGAUUUAUUUCAGAACAGACCAGUGUGUUCUUAAAAGAUUUUGAAGGCUGGCAAAUGUUUGAAAUUUACCACAGAUUAAUCUAGAAUCAUUCUAUUUAAAUUGAACUGAUCAGAGCUAGUUUACAUGUUGUGAAUGUACAUACUGUGAGAAAGUUUUGUUAUAUGAAUAAAAUGCAAAUCAAUGUAGCCAUGAUUUUAGACAUGAAGAGUUAAGUCAUUCCAAAAUUGCAGAUACUUGGAAAACCAAACAGCAAAUGCAGUGCUAUAAUACUGUCAGUGAUUCACUUAAAUACAGAAUGAAAACUCAGGCAUUGUUUGGAUUCUCUGUCUCAAACCAUCCGUGGUAAUCCCUACUUUGCAAGCAUCCCCCACCAUUCAAUUGUGAAUGUGUAAAUGCUGCUGCUUUGACCAGUUCAUCAAC